AUGUCUCUCAACAUCCUCUCCACCACUCUCCUCCUAGCAGGAUCUAUCACCGCCUCCGUCCUCCCCCGCGCAGGCACAGAACUCAAACCCCUAAUGACCGUCGACUUCCCCGACCCAGCCGUAAUCGGCAUAGGAAACGGCGCCUGGCUCUCCUUCGCCACAAACGGGAACGGAAAACGCGUCCAAGUCACCAAAACCACCUCCGGCCUAGGCGGGCCCUGGAAUCUGUUAGACAACGACCUCUUACCAACCGUUGGUUCCUGGUCUACCGGGCAUAACACCUGGGCUCCCAAUGUUCGUCGCGUGGGCUCCAAAUACGUCUUAUAUUACGUAUCGGAAGCCAAAGAUGGCGGAAAACAUUGCGUUGCUGCCGCGGUCUCGGAUACGGUCUUGGGCCCGUAUAAACCGGAUGAUAAUCCGAUUGCCUGUCAUAAGGAGAAGGGGGGUGCUAUUGACAUCUCCGGCUUCACGGAUUCAGAUGGGAAGAACUACGUCGUCUAUAAGAUUGACGGGAAUUCCAUCGGUCCCGGAGGCUCAUGCGGAAACUCCAACUACGGCUCCCCAGGUUCAGUCCCAACUCCAUUAAUGCUGCAAGAAAUGGGCUCCGACGGGACGACGAGAGUCGGCGAACCAGUGCAUAUCCUGGAUAAAGGGCCGUAUGAUGGACCACUCAUCGAAGCUCCCCAAAUCAUUAAGAAAGAUGGGCUCUAUAUUGUGUUCUUUAGUAGUAACUGUUAUUCCACGACUCUUUAUGAUAUUAGCUAUGCGACGAGUACUAGUUUGAGGGGUCCGUAUAAGAAGGCGGCGAAACCGCUGGCUGUUACGGGUAAUCCGUUUGAUCUUACGGCGCCUGGAGGUGCGCAGGCGACGGAUGAUGGGAGGAGUUUGGUGUUUCAUGCGGAUUGUCAGGUGGAUGGGGGGAAGAAGAGGUGUUUGUAUACUAAGGAUAUUAAAAUUGAGGGAGGGAUUGUUAGAUUUGUUUAG